CUCUCAAUUUGUCGUCUCUCUCGUUUGGUUCUUUCCUCUCCAAAGCGCACUUUACCAUUUCCCUUCACUUUUGUGCUAAUUUGCGCCUCUCGUCUUAUCCUUCGCACCCUCUCCUCUCUUAUUGAUCUUCACAGUUUGGAGCCUCAUAUAACCAAGUUACGCGGCAAAUGCUUCUUCCUUCGUUAUGUUUGCGAUUUUGAACUCAGAUUUUGCUUCUGUUUCAAGAUCUUGAACUUUCUCUUCCAUUUCUCCCAGGGAUUUUUGCUUUUGUUUUUGUUUUUGUUAUCUCUGCUUUGAUUCAUGAUGGCUGGAAGUAAUCAAAUCAACCUCAACGACUCUAAGAUGGUGGUUCCACUUAAUACCUGGGUUCUUAUUUCCAACUUUAAGUUGGCUUACAAUCUUCUUCGUCGCCCUGAUGGCACGUUCAAUCGCCAUUUGGCCGAGUUUCUUGACCGAAAAGUCCCAGCCAAUGCUAACCCUGUUGAUGGGACUUUCUCAUUUGAUGUCGUUAUCGAUCGAGCUACUGGUCUCCUUUGUCGAAUAUAUCGACCCGCCAUUGGAGAUGAAUCUCAGAGUACUUACAUUGUUGAUCUUGAGAAGCCUGUGGAUUCUGAGGUUGUUGCCCCUGUUAUUAUUUUCUUUCAUGGUGGAAGCUUUGCUCAUUCCUCUGCUAACAGUGCUAUCUAUGAUACGCUAUGCCGUCGAUUAGUCAGCAUUUGCAAGGCUGUUGUCGUCUCUGUGAACUACAGGCGUGCGCCUGAGAAUCGUUAUCCUUGUGCUUAUGAUGAUGGAUGGACUGCGCUCAAUUGGGUAAAGUCAAAAUCAUGGCUUCGAAGUAAAGACUCGAAGACCUAUAUUUAUUUGGCUGGCGAUAGUUCAGGUGGAAACAUCGUACACCAUGUUGCAUCGAGAGCAGUAAAGUCGGGGAUCGAAGUAUUCGGUAAUAUACUUCUCAAUCCUAUGUUUGGAGGGCAGGAAAGAACUAAAUCUGAGGUUCGGUUGGAUGGAAAGUAUUUCGUUACCAUUCGGGAUAGAGACUGGUAUUGGAGGGCCUUCCUUCCUGAAGGGGAAGAUAGGGAUCAUCCAGCAUGUAAUCCCUUCGGCCCGAGAGGUAAUAGCCUCAAAAAAAUCAAGUUCCCAAAGAGCCUUGUCGUGGUGGCUGGUUUCGAUCUCGUCAAAGACUGGCAAUUAGCUUAUGCUAAAGGGCUCGAGAAGGAUGGCCAGAAGGUGAAACUUUUGUAUCUUGAUCAAGCAACAGUUGGCUUCUACUUGCUACCGAAUACCGAGCACUUCUAUACCGUCAUGGACGAGAUAAGUGAAUUCGUGAGUUCUGACUGUUAAUAGAGUUUGCAUUAUCUGCAGGCAGACAUAUCUAACAGAACCGUAACAUUCCUCCUCGCGGGUCGUUUAAGAAUUUGUUUAGUAAUACGACUUACCAUUUCGUUGAUUAUCAUGUCGUUUAUCUUCUUCCUUUGGGUCUGAUUCUUGUUGGUGUAAAAGAUGGCUGAACUCAGUCACCAGACUCGACAGUACAACGAUUCAGCAUCUAGUUGGAUCGGGUUGCGUUCUUCUAGGUUUUGGUUGUUGCUAUGGCUCUAUGGCAGCAAGAGCAGCAUAGGUUUAAGUGCAGCAGAGUUCCAGUUUAACAUCACCUCCCCUGGCAUCUCGCUGCAACGUGACGUAGAGGAAGAUCCAAGUUUACGAGUAACUUUUUCGGUAGCUUGGUUUCGUUCCUGCUUAGUGACAUAUUAUAUAUAUAGCUAAUUUCAGAACAUGGUUGGGGAAACAUCCAUGAUAUUGUGAUUCUAUAUGUUUAUACAUAUGUUCUAGAAUAUAUGAAAAAGUUUGCUUAUUAACUCAUGGUGAUUGUAAUUUGUUCAUUUUUGCACUUC